GUUUGCGGUGGAGCACCGUCGUGUACGAGGUGGAUUUGGUGGAGGCUUAGCUGGGGGAUCUGCUACAUGGUGACCGUUUGAAGAGGGAUGGUGGGUGAGAGAAGGUGUGGAUAAUAUCGGGUUUGUCGGCGAGAAUACCGGUGGGAAAGUGGGGUAUGGGGUAUGAGGUUACACCGGUGUCCGUCUGGACCUUCGUUGUGGUGUUGAGGGAUUGUGGGUUCUCCCUCUCCUUAUUCUCAUCGUCUGAUCGGAUCGCCUAUAAGGACCCACCUUGAUCCCACAUCCUCGUACCUCAACGAAUUCUCCCCAUCGAUAUCAUCAUCAUGCCAAUCAAAGAAAAGAUCAAAUCGCACUUCACAACCUACGAAACCUCCAUCGACGAAAAUGGCCUCGAACACCGGCGUCCCGCCCCCCGCGAGAAGAUCAUCAACCCCCUCACGCUGGUCCGCAAACUCACACUCAUGAACUGGGUUUACUUUUUGAUGGGGUGGAUGGCGUGGACGAUGGAUGGGUAUGAUUUCCAUACUGUUUCGUUAUCGGUCUCGAAGUUGGCUGUGUACUACGACACCCCGCGUGCCCGGAUCUCCCAAUCCAUCACCCUUACUCUACUUUUUCGAUCAGUGGGUGCUGCGAUCUUCGGAAUCGCGGGUGACCUGUACGGGCGGAAAUACCCACUCUUCAUCAACAUGCUCAUCAUCGCCGUUCUACAAGUGGGUACGGCCUACGCUCACACAUUCGAGACCUUCCUCGCCGUCCGUGCGCUUUUUGGGAUUGCGAUGGGUGGUGUUUGGGGGUUGGCUGCGAGUAUGAGUUUGGAGAAUUUGCCGGUUGAGUGUAGGGGGUUGUUUUCGGGGGUGUUGCAGCAGGGAUAUGCACUUGGGUAUCUUAUUGCUUCCAUCUUCAACCUAACAAUCGUCCCCAACUGCCCCCACCCCUUCCGCGCUCUCUUCUACAUCGGUGCAGCACUUACCGCACUCGUCGGAUUCCUCCGUCUCCUCUUUCCCGAAUCGAAACAAUUCCUCGAAGCAAAAGCACAAGGGCGACAAGGAGGCCAUGCGAAGGCGUCUAUGAGGGAGGCGAGGGUGCAGGUUCGGGUACAUUGGAGGAGGUGUGUUUAUGCUGUUGUGUUGAUGGCUGGGUUUAAUUUUAUGUCGCAUUCGAGUCAGGAUAUGUAUCCGACGUAUAUGCAGCAAGGCAAGGGUUUCUCAGCCAAGAACGCAACACUCGCAACCCUCCUCGGCAAGGUUGGUGCCAUCAUCGGCGGAACCAUCGGUGGAUACUACUCCCAGUUCUUUGGACGUCGGCUCACGAUUAUGGUGCUUUGCUCGAUCGGCGCAUGCUUUAUCCCGCUUUGGGUCGUCCCGGAUAGUCUAGUGCCGUUGAUCAUCGGAAACUUCAUGAUCGACUUUUGUGUGCAGGGGGCCUGGGGUGUUAUUCCCGUUCAUCUCGCCGAGUUGUCGCCGCCGGCGUUCCGUGCUGCGUUUCCAGGAAUUACGUACCAACUCGGUAACAUGAUCUCCUCCCCCGCCGCCCAAAUCCUCUCCUCGGUCGCCGAAUCCCUCAAACGCCCCACCGCCCUCUCCAACGGCACCAUCGUCGAGCGUCCAGACUACGCAACUACACAAGCGAUCAUGAUGGCCAUCAUCUUUGUUUGGGUUGGUGUUUGGGCUGCUAUUGGGAAGGAGGAGCGCGGAUCGCGGUUUGAGGAGGCGAGAGCGGCGGGGAUGGGGGAGGUUGAGAGGGAGGAGAAGGGGAGGGGGGUUGUCGUUUUGGAGGGGGAGGGGAGAGGGGGGGGGGUUGAAUAUGUUGAGGAUGUUGAGGCGCAAAGGAGGUGA